GCAAGUCACGUGAGCCGCCAAAAUGGCGGCGCUGGGGCGUGAGGCUGGGGCUGACCUGAGGGACGCAGGUGUGCAGGUGGGAGCUGGGGGAGCGCCCAAGGACAUCAGGAUGGCAACAUACACACAUGGUCAGCCCAGUCCUUCUCUAGGAGAUGCAAAACUCAGAAGACCAAUGGUCAUCGAAAUCAUAGAAAAAAAAUUUGAAUAUCUUAGAAAAGAAAAGACUUUAAAUAUAGAUGGAACAGUGUUUUUGGGAACAACAUCUGGUUUCUCUGGAAUAUUGGCAAAUGUCAUUUUCAGACACUGCUUCAAGGUGAAACAUGAUGCUUUGAAGACAUAUGCAUCAUUGACUACACUUCCGUUUUUGUCUACUGUAGUUGCUUAUAAGCUCUUUGUAACGGAUGCUUUGUAUUCAGGUAAUAUAAGCGAGGAAAAUUGUGUUCUGAGAAGUUCACUGAUUGGCAUAGUAUGCGGUGUUUUAUAUCCCAGUGCUUUGGCUUUUUCUAAAAAUGGACGUCUGGCAGUCAAGUAUCAUACUGUUCCACUGCCACCAAAAGGAAGGGUUUUACUUUCUUGGCUGCUGCUUUGUCAAACAGAGAUAAAAGCAAUGGUGAUUCCUCUACUCUUUCAGACGGUCUUUGGAAUAUUUAAUGGUCUACGGCAUUAUGCAAUAUUUGAAAGUACACUUGAGAAAACUGUACAUGAAGGUUAACCAAAGAACGUAUGCAUACUAUAUCAGCAGAAUGGAUUUUUUAUGAUAAGGACUCAGGAAUUGCUGAAGGAGUUAAAAGUAACUCCAGAGAGACAAUUGUUUCUAUUCCUUUUGCCUGAUAUGUAGCAGGUACUCAAUAAAUACUUAGUAAUUUAAUAAAUACAUGUAAGUUUC